AGCUGGGGUGCCCACUGCUCCCUAGUCUGACGCGUUUCCCGUGAGAAGUGCGGGAGCGCGCCCGGCUGUCAUUGUAUGUGUGUGUAUGUGAGAGGCGCCCGCUGGCUGCAGCAGACACCAGCCUUGCACCCUCCAUGUUUACUCACUAGCGCCCGUGCAGUCGGGGUUACACAGAGGGCGCCGAGUGAAGACUAGUGCAUCAGUGCUCCCACCCAGGUGGGUUCCUCAGGACUGUGGCUGAGGACUGUGGCUGAUGCUUCUACUAUGGCCAGUGACCCCCUGGAAGGCUUUCAUGAAGUGAAUCUUGCUUCACCUACUACUCCGGACAUUGGUGCUAUUGAUGUAAAGCCUCAGGAACCAAGAACUUCACCUAAUGUUCUCUACCGACAUCCAAGUGUCAGCUCAAACCCCGUUCAACCAAAUACACUAAAUGCGUCAGACCUUCCAACACAACCUGUAUAUUCUUCUCCAAGGCAUUUAAAUUGCCGGGACAUUACAGGGAUAAGCACCAGUCUAACAGAUACUUUAUCUUGCUCUACCUCUGGAUGCCAGACAUGUUCCCCCAAACACAGCCGGAGGAAGGACAGCAAUCGCGCAGAGAGAGAGUUUUUGCAGGGGGCUACGGUUACAGACGCAGUGGAUGGGCCAGAUGGUGUCCUUGGCUGGAGCACAGACAGCCUAUCCCAUUUGCGGAGUCCAUCUGUACUAGAAAUCAGAGAGAGAGGAUACGAGAGACUAAAAGAGGAACUUGCUAAAGCGCAAAGAGAGCUUAAAUUGAAAGAUGAAGAAUGUGAAAGGCUUUCCAAAGUACGGGACCAGUUGGGACAGGAGCUGGAGGAGCUGACAGCCAGUUUGUUUGAGGAAGCACACAAAAUGGUACGAGAGGCAAAUGUAAAGCAAGCCACAGCAGAGAAACAGCUUAAAGAAGCACAAGGAAAGAUUGAUGUACUCCAAGCAGAGGUUGCAGCUCUUAAGGCUCUUCUAUCUACCUCCCCAACCUCUCCCACAAAAGAACUGCAGCCAGGUGGGAAGACCCCGUUCAAGAAAGGCCAUGCACGGAACAAAAGCACAAGCAGUGCUAUGGGUGGUGGCACUCAUGACCUGACUGUAAUGCAGCCACUUGUGAAGAAAUGUAAAGAGGCGGACUUAUCACUUUACAAUGAAUUCAAAGCUUGGAAAGAGGAGCCAUUGAUGGACAGGACUUGCUUGUUUUUAAAAAGAAUUUAUCAGGAGGACAUCUGUCCCUGUUUAACAUUUCCAAAGAAUGAGUUGGCUGCAGCGGUCUUGGAAGCUGUUGAAAAUAACACUUUGAGUAUUGAGCCCGCUGGUCUGCAGCCUGUUCGGUUUGUGAAAGCAUCUGCCGUUGAAUGUGGAGGACCAAAGAAAUGUGCUCUAAGUGGUCAAACAAAGUCUUGUAAGCACAGAAUCAAACUCGGAGACUCUAGCAAUUAUUACUAUGUUUCUCCAUUCUGUAGAUUUAGGAUUACCUCUGUAUGUAAUUUCUUCACAUAUAUUCGGUACAUCCAUCAAGGCCUUGUAAAGCAGCAAGAUGUUGAACAGAUGUUCUGGGAGAUAAUGCAAUUGAGAAAAGAGAUGUCUCGAGCAAAACUUGGAUUUUUCAAAGAAGAACUUUAAGACACUAAAAGACUGUACUUGGACUUGAUCUCUUCCACAGUGGGGAGGCAGAAGAGCGUUACAGCACGGUGAUCUGCUUCUCUAUGCCACUGAAUAAUUGCAUAUCACAACAUAUCUAUCUUCUGUACUUUGUAGAACUACGUCUUGGAUUCGUGAGAAACUGAGCUAUACUGUGAGCAUUAGAGACUAUUUGCUGCUGAGUUCUGGCAAACAAUUGCAGACAUUAUGUACUGUACAUUACUAGUGGCACAUGCAAAUUUAAAGGAAUAAAGUGUAGUUUUCAAUUUA